AUGCCAAGUGGAAAUAUUAAAGUCGUCAAAAUUCAAAAGGAUGUUACUGUCUCCUUAGGAAAGUUUGGUACUUUUCAUACAAAUGUUAUAAUAGGAAAACCUUUUGGACACUCUUACGAAAUAUAUGAUAAAGAUAAAGUAAAAAUUAUUAAGAAUGUUUCUUUUAUUGAAGUUGAUGAAACUGAAGCAAAUAAUCAAGAAAUAUUUGAUGAUCCGUCAAAACAAAAAUUAUCGUAUAAAGAAAUUGAACAAUUAAAACAACAAGCAACUGAAGGAAGUGAUGUAAUUAAAAAUAUUGUUGAAAGUCAUAUAUCAUUUGAUAAAAAGACAGAAUAUUCUAAAGCAAAAUACAUAAAACGUAAAGAGGCAAAAUUUUCAAGAAUUUUUACGCCAGUAAGACCAACUUUAUAUUCUGUGUGGGAAUAUUUUUAUUCUAAAAAUCCAACAAAAAUAAGAGAAUUAAGAAUAGACACGCUUUCACAAAUGUUAAAAUGGGCAAAUGUACACUCAAAUACUAGAAUGCUUGUAGUUGAUGAUACUCAAGGACUUGUUAUAACCGGUAUUAUGGAAAGAUUAGGAG